CGGGUUCCUGUUAAUGAUUUCCAGGGUCCAUGUUCCCUAAAUAUAAAAGGAACAGCAGUCCUUGCUCAGCUGUUUGAAGCUGACCUUCAACAGCAACCAUGAGCAGGAUAAUUCUCAUCGCAGGUCUUUGUCUCUUCAUGAACAGUAUGGUGUCAUCCACCAGACUUGUUUGUUACUUCACCAACUGGUCCCAGUAUCGACCUGGUGUUGGGAAGUUCAUGCCACAGGAUGUCGAUCCAAAUCUGUGCACACAUCUCAUCUACGCGUUUGCUUUCAUCAACGACGUGAAUCAGCUGGUGACUGUAGAAUGGAAUGACGAGGAGCUCUAUAAAGCCUUCAAUGGACUGAAACAGAGAAAUCCAAAUCUUAAAACGCUGCUAGCAGUUGGAGGCUGGACGUUUGGCAGUCAGAAAUUCACCGCAAUGGUGUCGACACAAGCGAACAGGAAAACAUUCAUUCAAUCAACGAUUACAUUUCUGAGGGAUAAAGGUUUUGAUGGUCUCGAUCUGGACUGGGAGUACCCUGGCGCAAGAGGUAGUCCUCUGGAGGACAAACAGCGAUUCACUCUUUUAUGCAAGGAGCUUUUGGAGGCUUACGACGCAGAAGGAAAAGCAACCGGUCGACCAAGACUACUCCUGUCUGCAGCUGUUGCUGCUGGGAAAGGAACCAUUGAUGCUGGUUAUGAAGUCGCAGAGAUAGCAAAGUACCUGGACUUCAUAAAUGUGAUGACUUAUGACUUCCAUGGCACAUGGGAGAGUGUGACGGGACAUAACAGCCCUCUUUACCGAGGGGCUGCUGACGUUGGAGACCACGUAUACCUGAAUACUGACUUUGCGAUGAGCUACUGGCGAGACAAGGGAACACCUGUGGAGAAGCUCAACAUGGGCUUCGCUACAUACGGAAGAACGUUUACGCUCUCCACUCAGUCCAGUGCUGUUGGCGCGCCAGCUAGUGGUCCUGCUGCUGCAGGAGGUUUCACCAGAGAGGCAGGAUUCUGGUCCUACUAUGAGGUAUGUUCCUUUCUACAAGGAGCCACAGUCACGAUGACCGAUGACCAGAAAGUUCCGUACGCAACGAAACAAAAUCAAUGGGUCGGCUACGAUAACAAAGAAAGCUUUGAGACGAAGGUUUGCUACAUGAAAGAGAAGCGAUUUGGAGGUGCCUUCAUCUGGGCUUUAGACCUGGAUGACUUUAAAGGCAAGUUCUGCAGCCAGGGAGACUUCGCGCUCAUCAAAUAUUUGAAAACUCUUCUGGCAUCAGAUCUUCCUACUUGCCCCUCCUUGCCAUCCCAGCAACCUCCACUGGCUCCAGUGACUCCCUCCACGAACAGCAACUCGCCUCAGCCCAGUCGUCCCACGAAUGCUCCUCCCACUCCAGUGACCCCCGAUGACAACUUCUGUGCGAAAAAAGUCGGAGGAGUUUAUGCUAAACCUGGUGAUCCAGGUUCUUUUUACAACUGUGCCAACGGCGUCACCUGGGUCCAACACUGCCCCGCUAAUUUGCACUUCAAGGACAGUUGCAAGUGUUGUGACUGGCCAAACUAGCCUGCAAAAUGUAUUAGGCUGGUUUACCAUGUUAGAAAGAAAACACUUUCACACUGGAUGACCGACACAGUUGAAUAAAGAUCUAUAUCAGUAAAAAA